GCCGCGCGCGCACCGCCCCACGCCGCCGCCGCAAGAGUGCGCGGCGAGCAACACGAACGUGCCGGACGAGGAGCGCGCGCUGGCCAGCCUGCACCAGAAGGCGAUGGAGUCCUUCGUGCGCCGCAACAGUUACGGCGACAUCUGUGAGCGCAAGGACCCGCUGAACGCGCUGCAGGUGAAGAACGGCGGCUCGAAGCGCAACGCGCUGCUCAAGUGGUGCCAGCAGAAGACCAUGGGCUACAACAACAUCGACAUCACAAACUUCAGCUCCUCGUGGAACGACGGGUUGGCGCUGUGCGCGCUGCUGCACUCGUACGUGGGGUCCGGGCGCGUGCCGUACGCCGACCUCACGCCGCACGACAAGCGCACCAACUUCGCGCUGGCCUUCGCCGCCGCCGAGGCCGCCGGCAUUCCCACCACGCUGAACAUUCAGGACAUGAUCCAGCAGGAGCGGCCCGACUGGCAGCAGGUGAUGGCGUACGUCACCAGCAUCUACAAGCACUUCGAGACCUAGGCCUCCCCAGGACCGCUGAGACUAUGCCGAGCGUGGCUUGUGAUUAUCAGAAAAGUAAUGUUUAGUAGGUAUACAUUCCGCGGUGCGCCGACGACAGAUGCCGUCUUACUGUGACUAAGACUGAUAGGUUAGCGGGCGGGUUAGCGACUGAUUGUGGACCUUGCGGCGACGGCGCACGGUCGAACUUGGCUCGUCACGCCGGCGCGAGCUCCGGGCGCGGCGCCUCGUGCUCGCGUAUUUGUACCGUCUUAAAGACGAGUCGUAACUCCACUGCAUAUAAAACCGUUCUGGAAUUGUUUCGCUAUAUUUUUAUGUUUUGAAUUCGUUUGAAUGUGAUCUGCAUGCAUGUAUAAUUAAGGUUAAUUGUAUGUACAGUAAAUGAUCGCGAGGUGUUGGAGCAGCCUUACAUUGUGCGUGUGAGACUGGACACAAUGCAAACGUUGAAGCUACGUUUAGUAAAUGAAUUAUUGUCUAUUUUCUGAUAUUUGUAUUUUGUACAUACAUAUAUAUGUAAAGCUUAAAUAAAGUUCCUCAUUUAUAAUACAACAGUUGUUUUCAUUUGGAAGCUAAUUGUGACACUAUUCUGGCGAGCCCACACCAAACACAAGUAUCAAUGUAGCGCUAACUUGUACGUUAUCUAAUUAUUUGUUUUGUCCAUUUAACCGCGACAUUCGCGUGCGCAGUUAGAACCCCACCCCCCCACCGACACACCCUCUGUUUAACGAAAAAUAUGUAUCGAUCUCAGUUUUACCUAAUAAAUGCGAAUGUCAAGAUGGGUGGGUGUUUCUUUGAACGUACGUCCGAAACGGAGGGAAAUUCUAGUUACGUUAUUUCGAUUUUAGUUUUUUUUUAAUAUUUCGUAAUUUUUUGUUAAAUAAAUGUUACUACAAUGACUACAAGUUUGAUGUAAUGAAUUUGAACUUGAGUGAAAAGUAAAUAGUAUUUAAUUGAUCAUAGAACAAUGUGAACUCUAGGAAUUAUAAAUUGAACGAGCCAAGGUUAUCAUAACGUGACGUGGAGGAGCUGGGGGUCGCAGGUCGCGUGUCGCGGCUCGCGGUCGUCGAUACGCGUCGCAAACUUUACGUAUGUCAACGACGCGCGAAAAUUAUCAUUGCAUUAUCAGUAAAGUGGACACAUGAUAACCUCAGCGCUGGAGGAGGCCACGCGCCACCCAAAUUUUCGCUCACCCAGACCUUGCUGGUUGUUCUUGAAUUGUGACCAAG